CAAAGUGACUGCACGUGAGCGACCUCCUCAACUCGACAGUGUGCUGUCCACAGUAGCAGAAGUCAAAUCGUUGCGUGGAUGAAGCCAUGGCGUCCAAUGCCAGCUCUACCGCUUUCUCGCCGCCUAUCAGCACUUCGGCCAAGGUCGGCAUUGCCAUCUUAACCGUGGCGUUCGGGCUGGGCUUCCCCGGGAACCUCUUCGUGGUGUGGUCCGUGAUUUGCCGCGUCCGGAAGCGCUCGGUAACGUGCUUGCUGGUGCUCAACCUGGCGCUGGCCGACGCCUCCGUGCUGCUCACCGCCCCGGUCUUCCUGCGCUUCUUGGCCGGCGGACAAGGGUGGGAGUUUGGCUCGGCGGCGUGCAAGCUGGUGCACUACCUCUCCAGCGUCAACAUGUACGUGUCCAUCUACCUUAUCUGCCUGAUGAGCAUGGACCGCUGGUUGGCCGUCACCAGGCCUUUCCUGUCACAGAGGAUGCGGACUAAGCGCUCUUUGCUGGUUCUCUUGCUGGGGGUCUGGGUCAUGGCCUUCUUUCUGUCCAUCCCCAUGCCCUUCUAUCGCAGCAAUCUGAGGAAAGUGUUCCCAAACAACGCCACGCUGAGAUAUUGCGUGCCGUACCACUGGGGCAGUGUGGGUCACCGGGUCUUCCAGUACACCUUCGAGACCGUCAUGGGCUGCCUGGUGCCUUUCUCUCUCAUCAACACCUGCUACUCUUCAGUCAUCUGCCGCCUGCAGAGCGCCAUGUUCCAGCGUCGAGCCCAAGGCAGCCGCCUGAUCCUGAUGAUCAUCUGUGCCUUUACCGUCUUCUGGGUGCCGUAUCACAUCAUCAACAUCAUCGAGGUGAUUGGGCUGUUGCAGGGAAGCAAGUCAACGGUGGCUGCUGCUCUCAUGGCCCGCCCCAACGUGACCGCCUUCGCUUACUUCAGCAGUGCCGUCAAUCCCAUCCUGUACGUGUUCGCCGGCAGCUCUCACAUCCGCCAGGCCGGUCUCAGCUUCAUGGGCAAGCUCUUCGAGGCCACCAACUCGGAAAGCAGGAGCACGUCCACCUUUGGCCGCAGCGGACGCACCAGCUCGUCGCGGGACGACGCCUCAGUGCUGCAGACUCUGUCGGUCAAACUGGGGAAGCCGUUUAAAAGCAGGCAAGGCGACGACGCCAACAUGGCGGCAAGAGAGCUGGACCAGCCGGAGUUGAAAACUCUUGCAAGUGUUGAGCCGUUAGACUAGCACAGAUGGUGCUAACAGGUGAUGUAAUUAAACUAGUGUCAAGUGAUUCAGUUUAUAGUCAGACUAAUCAAACUUUUGAAUUUGGAUUCAUCGUGAUUAAUUACAAGGCAGUUUACAUAACUUAAAUUACCGUAUUUUUCGGAGUAUAAGUCGCACCGGAGUAUAAGUCGCACCUGCCGAAAAUGCAUAAUAAAAAAGGAAAAAAACAUAUAUAAGUCGCACUGGAGCCCGGCCAAACUAUGAAAAAAACUGCGACUUAUAGUCUGAAAAAUACUUCUUCAAAAAAUAUUUGGACACAAAUAUUUUCUGCAUGUCAUACACCAGGGGUCCCCAACCUUUUUGACCCGGGGGCCGCAUUGGGUUAAAAAAAUGUGGCCAUGUGCCGGGCAAUAUACAUAUAAAUUAAAGUUUAAGUACCAAUGAUUGUCACACACACACUAGGUGUGGUGAAAUUUGUCCUCUGCAUUUGACCCAUCCCCUUGUUCACCCCCUGGGAGGUGAGGGGAGCAGUGAGCAGCAGAGGUGGCUGCGCCAGGGAAUCAUUUUUGGUGAUUCAACCCCCAAUUCCAACCCUUGAUGCUGAGUGCCAAGCAGGGAGGUAAUGGGUCCCAUUUUUAUAGUCUUUGGUAUGACUCGGCCGGGGUUUGAACUCACAACCUACCGAUCUCAGGGCGGACACUCUAACCAUAUACAUAUACAUAUAAAUAUAAAUAUAUAUAUUAUAUUUAAAAAUCCCCUGAAGAGCAGGGAAACCUGCAAAACAGGCUUUUAGGGAUGAAAUAGCCUCUGUGUUUUUUCCUGACCUAACGUAUUUUCCGCUCUACCCCAGUAUUGAGCACUGUAUAACGGAUAAACCCCAGAAACCUUGACUAUAUAUAUAUAUAUAUAUAUAUAUAUAUAUAUAUAUAU